AUGGCGGAAUCAAAGGGUCCAAUAAUAGCUGGUGUUGCCAUCAGUUUUGCGAUCCUGAGCUUUGUGGUCAUCUGUUUGCGGCUGUUUGCUCGGAUCUAUGUCUUGAAGCGAAUGGGCUUGGAUGACUAUCUGAUUAUUGGCGCCUGCCUUCUUUCAUGGGCGUUUACAUCUGUCACUAUAGUCGCCGUCAAGCAUGGCAUGGGGAAACACUUGGAUGAUGUGAACCCAGAUGGUUUGAUAACAUAUGCUUUCGUCGUCUGGCUGAGCUCGAUGUUUUAUUUAGCCUGUCUGGGCUUCAUCAAGACCUCGGUCUGCUGGUUUUACACCCGACUGGGAGAUAAGCAGCUCACGCGCUUGUCUCUCAUUAUGAUGUGUGUGGUGGCCUGCCAGGCAACCUCCUUCGUCCUGACUGCUGCCUUCCAGUGCCAUCCCAUUGCUCGGGCCUGGAAUACUAGCAUUCCCGGUCACUGCGUGACGAUCAAUGUCUUCUACCUCGCCAAUGCGGCGUUGAACAUUGUCACUGAUCUGAUCACCUACUCCCUCCCGAUCCGGGUCAUCUUGAACCUGCACAUGCCGGCAAAACAGAAGCUGGCCCUCGGCGGCAUCCUUUGCCUAGGUUUAUUCGCAUGCAUCUCUUCCAUCAUCCGAAUCACCUACAUCCCCGCAAUGCUGACCUCAUCCGACUCCACCUUCGCCAUCAGCGGUGCCAUGUACUGGUCGGCAAUCGAAAUCAACGUCGGCAUCCUGGCCUCCUCCAUCCCCUCCUUCAAGGCCAUUGCCUCCCGUUUCCUCCCCCGGUUGAUUGGCGAAUACAGCUCGAACAAGGGUUACAGUGGAUGGUCGAGCGACAACGGAGCGAAGCGGUAUGCAUCGGGCUUCUCCCGGGUCCGCGAACAUGUGUUCGGCAUGAGUGUGCUGGAGACCCGAGGAGAGGCGGAAACGGUGACGGGCACCCAGAUCGAGCGAAACACCAGCGAGGAGCGGAUCAUUGUUCCCGCGGGAAAGAUUUACGCUCAUACGGAAAUCGAGACGAACGUCGAAGUCAGUCCGGAUUAUAUCCGAGCCGCGCAUUCUUUUGAUCACCCUCGCUCAGUCGCGACGGUGAAUUCCUCUUGA